CUCCUCAGUACCGUAACUCUUGAACCGCUGGGGCAAUUCAAAAACAGCAAACGUUUUCCGAAAGUAGAGAACAGGAGCUUUCCAAUAGUGUAUGGUUUGAUCAUACACUGCACAUUGCGGUAAAGAUCGCUCGGCGUGUGAAAUACAAUUUCCAGCCAAGGAGAGGAGAAGUCGCUCAGAGCCAGCAAAGGGAGACUGCACGUGCACUCUGUGCAAGAGGAGCACCCCGUGGCAGUGUGAGGUUUGCAAAGUGUGGCUCUGUCUGCAGCUGGAGAGGAUCUGCUUCAGGGAAUAUCACACAACAUAAAAAACGCCUGGCUUUUUAUUUAAAAAAAAGCAAGCAGAAAAAUGGAGAAGCCAAGGGCCAGGACUGACACUUUUUUGUACAUAUGUGAAAUAUUUCAAAGUUCAAAUUGUUCAUGUGAAAUUGUUUGUUCAUGUCAUUUCAGAGUGCUUAUGCUGAAAAUCAUAUUAAAUUGAAAAAUCCAAAGCCGUUUUAUGUUUUUCCCCUUUUAAUUGUUAUUAUAGUAUCAUAAACACACAAUAAUGUUGAAUAACUGCCAGAUACUUAAAGUUGAAGCUAACUAGGAAAAAGGGGCAGAAGCAGUCUCUCAGCACAUUUUUUGACAAUUCUACAGCCAUAAAAUCAAAAUAAAUCCAGGUGGCUUGAAUAUAAUUAUGGUCAUGAGAGGGUGAAUGCAUCUAUCACUAGCCCGUUCCUUUUUGAGCAAGCAACAAGUCUAACGAACAAUGAUAAAGCAAUGAAAUAAAAGCCAUCCUUGGUUUGUCUGAACCAGUCAGACAACACUGCAGUAGAUUUAUUCUAUUUAUGCAGUUACCAAACAUUGACCCUUUUUAAAAAUGUAGUCUAGUGAAUGUGUUGGUGGCCUCUCUGUUCAUGUGACCCACACCUUUGGCUUGCUGUGGUUUUUGUUCAGAGCAAGUUCUGCAAAAUGACACUUCUGUUAGUUGAAGUCAAUGUAGUCUGACACACAAGUGAAGACGUGAAAGGAUUAUUGAAUGUUUAUUUUAUUGAGCUUCAUCAUGACUGGAUACCUGCUGUUAGUCUUCCUCAUGUGUAAGUUUGAUCUCAUUUCUGAGUUGUGACUGUAAAUGUUGGUGAUUAUAAGACUUGUUGCAGUGAGUAAUGUCAGACAGAAAUGUAGUGGUGUAAUCAUGCUUUGUUGUUCUUUUUCACCAAGUUAAGAUAAAUACAACAUACUUAGAGAUCACUCUUCUCUAAUAGACUGGUUUCCUUUGUUAACUCUUUUUCUUUAACAGAUUCAUUUCCUCAGUUGAAAGCACAAGUUGUUCUUCCACCUACACUGACUGUGAAUCCAUCAGUGAUCACAGAAACAGACUCAGUCACACUGAACUGUCAGCCUCCACCAUCUCUUUCUGUGUCUGAGUGUUAUUUCCGCUUUAUAAGAGAACAACCUGCCAUGAUGUCCCCAUGUGUGAAGACUAUGACAGGAGCUGAACUGCUGAAGAUUACCCGUCAGAGUUCACCUGCUGUGGUUAAAAUGACAUGUUUAUACCUUUAUGGGUAUCAAUCUCCUCAGAGUGAGACAUCUUCUCUCAUCAUUCGAACUUCUCUUCCACCCUCACUGACAGUGAAUCCACCUGUGAUCGAUGAGACAGACUCAGUCGCUCUGAACUGUCAGCCUCCAUCAUCUGUUUCUGUGCCCCAGUGUUAUUUCCACACAUUAGGUGGAGGAUCUGGUAGAGUUCGCUCUUGUCUGCAGACUCUGACAGGAAGUGAGCUGCUGAGGAUGUCAUAUCAGAGUUCACCUACAACGAUUAAACUGACCUGUUUUUACACUGAGAAGCUUGGAGAGGAAGAUUCCCCAUCUCCACACAGUGCAGUGUCCUCCAUCACCAUACACCGUCUAACACCAAAACUGAGUCGUCUUUUUGAUGGUGACCUUGUUCUCUUCACUUGCUCUCUACCUGGAUCUUCUGCUUAUGGUACAAAGUGUAACCUGUACUUUGGAGAAGCAAGUCGUCCAGCAAAAACAGCAGAUAUUUUGAGUAAAUCAGCCAAAAAAGAAUCCUUCUGCCAGUUUUUUUUUCCCAGUUGCUGGUUUACUGAAUCAACUGCGUUCAGUUAAACAAAGGGAUGCCAGCUGUGAUUAUACAUUAGGAAGUGGAUCCCUCCGUUUAUCUCCUCGCAGUGAUAGAUACAGCAUGAUGGAUCUUGUGGAGGAAGAGUCCAGCGUAACCCAAACAAUGUCUGCAUUUACUAUGACAACAGCAGGUCUGACUGUUAGUCCACCAAGUAACACUGUUCGUGUUGCUUCCACUCUCAAAAUAUCAGCUACACCAUCAGUAACAGAUAUGACGUCUCUGAAUACAGACGCUGAGGAUGGAACAGCAGGUCUGACUGUUAGUCCACCAAGUAACACAGUUCGUGUUGCUUCCACUCUCAAAAUAUCAGCUACACCAUCAGUAACAGAUAUGACAUCUCUGAAUACAGACGCUGAGGAUGGAACAGGUGUAAGUGUAAACAUGCCUGACAGUAAAGACAGCACUGUCUAUGAAACCUCUGAGAAAACAGCUUCAGCAGAAAGGGGGAUAUGGAAGUUCGUAGCAGUGACUGCUGGUUGUGGGGUAACUGUGGGUGUCCUGUUGUUGGUUUCUGCAGUCCUCUGUAACAAAAGAAGAGCUGGGUCCAGGGAAGUGAAAAGGCGACAGUCACAAAUACAGAAUGGUGACACAUGUUAUUACUCCACUAUUGGUGAUGAGAUGGCUGAAACAGCACUAACAGACAAGGUGUACAGCACCAUACAGGCACAUUGAAAUACUCACUGUCUCCUACAGAACGAAGAUAGGCAAAGCUCACAGAUAAGAUAACAUGUAGCGAUUUCAACCUUGUGUUUAAAGUGGACCAGUAUAAUGUAGUCUGAAGUCAAUGUAAUGAUAGAGUACUUAAUGUUUUUUCUUUAGCUCAAUCAAACUAGUUUCAUUUUGAACUUUGCGUGCCUUUAUCAUGUAGGUCAGUUGAAGAGAGAGGCAAUGUGGGGAGGAGAGAUCGCAGAAUGAAAUGCACAAAUGGUCGUGGCUGAGUUGAACCACCGACCACUGCAACAAGGACUGUAGCUUCUCUGUAUGUGGGUCAUGCACUUCAACCUCUGAGCAAAACUGAGGCCCUGAAUCCGAUCGUUGUAACAACCAAAGUUUUUCACUUGGACGUGACAUGAGUUUGAAAUGUUCUUCACUUUGCUAUUCAGUGCAGCAGAGUGUAGCUUUAUAUUGGUGGGGAGGGGGGCUUGCUAUGCUUUCAUCGAAAGAGUAGAGAAUGAUCCACAGGUUGGAACCUACUUUGAGGACAAAAGCUUCUGUCCAUAGGGCAUGCUAGGCUAAGUGUUGCAUAUUUUAAAAUAUCAAUAUGAUUGCAAUUAUGCCCGUUUAUGCUCAUGUGGAAUUUAAUUAUGUUGUAACAUGUUUCUGUUCCUUGCUGUUUUUGUUAAAUAUCCCCUGUUAUUUUUGUAACAGGGGAUAUUUUCUGAGAAUUCUGCACAUUUAGCAUUUUAAAUAAACUAGUAUUCAUAAAUAACUUCCUGUCAUUAUAUUGUAGGAUUUGUCCAAAACAUGUAUGGCUUUGAAAUGUAAUAAAGUAUAAAAGUUACAUGAAACAGA